AUGGUGCUGUCUCUCUCACUCAGCCUUCCUAUUCGCUGUAUCCUUCAGGAGUUUGCGAUUAAUCGUGAUAUAAUCACGUCAAAUGGAUGUUCUAAAAGCGAUUCGGGGAAUCCAGAACUGGGAAAUGAAACUUUCUGGACAGAAAUAAUUUUCCCCCUCAAGAUCUCUACGCCUAUCCAGAGCCUAAUGGAUAUUAAUACGUUCCCUAAUCCAGCAGAGGAAGCCGUCCAGGAUAUUCCUAAUGAUACGGAUAGCCAGGUUCUAGCUCAAUAUACGUAUCCUUCAUAUCACGAGAACCUCGAUAUCACGAGAUCUGGUCUGUCCGGAAUAUCCCACUAUAACGAGGUUCUGAACUCGUUAGAAGAUAAUGUAAUGAUACCCAAGGGUCUUCAGAUGGAUAUUUUCGGACAAUCCUCGCUGAGACUCGUACAUGAUGGCUGGUUCAAUCCACGGACCAUGGUGGUAUCUGAAGACUAA